AUAACUUGUCUUGUAAUGCUCGAUGUUUGGUCUGCUUAUCAAUCGGACAACAGUAGGAGCUCGGAUCUUGAGUAGUAUUAGCCAAGACGACUGUUUGUUGUGAUUGAUCGGAUUAGUACACCGAUGGAUCUCUGAUAAGAAUCGGUUACGGAUAAUGUUCUAUCGAUUGCUGGCUUUGGUUGAGGAAUUCGUUGGCGGUUGUUCGAUUUUGCCUAUAAAAGCUAGUGCUGUAUGAUCAAUCUAAUGCUUGCAAGCAUGGAAGCCAACAGGGGACAGAAUGGAAUUCAAUUGCUUCUUGCUGCGGAACAAGAAGCCCAGCGCAUUGUUGCUACUGCCAGGGAUGCUAAAAUGGCUCGAUUGAGGCAGGCCAAAGAAGAGGCCGAGAAGGAGAUCGCAGAGUUCCGUGCCCAAAUGGAGACAGAGUUCCAGAGAAAAUUAGCAGAGAGCAGUGGAGAUUCGGGUGCUAAUGUGAAGCGGCUCGAGCAAGAAACUGAAGCGAAGAUUGUUCACUUGAAGACAGAGGCUGCAAGGAUAUCCCAUGAUGUCGUGCAAAUGCUCUUGAAGCACGCGACAACCGUGAAAAACUAGGUUGUCAUGUGAAUGAGCGUGAGCAUUAUUUAUAGACAAUAUUUAAAUUUAUUUCUGUUUAUAUUAGCGUGUUGCAUUGUGGAGCUCAUGCGUGCGACUGAGUUUUUGCCAUGUCAUCUUAUCUAUAAUCAACAUUGUUGAAAUUUGCAAUGAAUAUUUGUAUGAUCCCGAAGACUGCUGCAAUGAGUGAUUGUUUGGUGUUUCUCGCCUGCA